AUGGAUCCAAACGCUUCAGAAGGACGUCGUAAUGCGUACAAAGCCCGAAGUCAUUUCAAACCAGAAGAAGUUCGACGUCGGCGUGAAACAGCGCAAGUGGAGAUUCGCAAGCAGAAAAAGGAAGAGAAUCUUGCCAAACGUCGUAACCUAAAGAUCGAGAACCUAGAAGCUGACUCGGACGAUGAUGUCGAUAUUGGUGAAUUGGAUGUUUCUCUUUUAGAGAUUUUGCCAGGUCUUGUACAAAACGUUUAUUCGGCUAAUGUGGAAGAACAAUUGGGAGCAACGCAACAGUUCCGAAAGUUACUGUCAAGAGAAAAGAAUCCACCUAUUGAACAAGUGAUUGCAUGUGGUGUGGUGCCUCGGUUUGUCGAGUUUUUGCGUUCUGAGCAUACAGUGUUGCAGUUUGAAGCAGCAUGGGCACUGACCAACAUUGCAUCCGGAUCGUCGCAACAGACUCAAAUUGUUAUUGAGGCAGGCGCUGUGAUUUUUUUUAUUGAGUUACUGGGUAGUAAUGUUCAGGAUGUCAAGGAGCAGGCAAGUAUUAUCUGUGCUGUUUGGGCUUUGGGUAACAUUGCAGGUGACAGUCCACGCUGUCGUGAUUAUGUGCUGGAAAACGGGGCAUUACCCGCUUUGAUGCGUAUCUUUCAAGAAGAAACCAAAAUCUCCAUGCUGCGCAACGCUACAUGGACACUGUCCAACUUUUGUCGCGGCAAGAACCCACAACCUGACUGGAACUAUAUUGCGCCAGCAUUGGAUGUUUUAUCGCGAUUGAUUUACACGACAGAUGAAGAAGUGCUUAUUGACACAUGCUGGGCCAUUUCAUACUUGUCUGACGGCGCCAAUCAUCGCAUCCAAGCCGUGGUUGAGUCUGGUGUCUGCGGUCGUCUUGUCGAACUAUUAGGCCACUCAUCCACAUCCGUGCAAACACCGGCAUUACGAUCCGUUGGCAACAUUGUCACUGGUGACGACACACAGACGCAAGCCAUUAUCAACUGUGGCGCUAUACAAGCCCUGAUGCACUUGCUCGGCAGUCCCAAAGAAGCGAUCCGCAAGGAAACUUGUUGGACAAUUUCCAACAUCUCAGCUGGCAACACACAGCAGAUCCAAGCAAUCAUUGACGGCGGACUGAUUCCCUUCUUGGUACAAAUUCUAGCCAUCGGUGACAACAAGACGCGUAAAGAGGCCUGUUGGGCCAUUUGCAAUGCCACCUCUGGAGGGCUUCAAGAGUUACCACAAAUCAAAUAUUUGGUAGAUGCAGGAUGUAUCAAACCUCUGUGCGAUAUUCUGAUGGCCAUGGAUAACAAGAUUACACUUGUUGCGUUGGAUGGAUUGGAGAAUAUUUUGCGUGCGGGUGAAUCUGAGCGGAUGCAUUCGACAGACGGUCUGAACCCUUAUGCACUCUUGAUUGAAGAAAGCGGCGGUGUCGAUCAUAUCCAUGCUCUCCAAUCGCAUGACAAUGACGAGAUCUACAAAAAGGCAUACAACAUCAUUGACAAGUUCUUUAGUGAUGAAGAUAAUGAAGAGGAUCCGACGGUCGCUGCUGCCGGUGCGGCCAUGGUGUCCGAGAUGGAGGGAAGUAAUCAAUUUGCGUUUCAGACAAUGCAGAUGCCACAAGGUGGAUUUAACUUUGGUGGUGGUAUGCAACAGCCAGACCAGCAACAACAACAACAACAACAGCAGCCACCAUCGUCAUAA